GAAGUCGAUUACGUUUUGGGUUUUAGAAUGUUCAAACGUUCUUCUGAUUCAGAUUCAUGGAAAUUUUGACAAGUGACAAAUACAACAUAAACAGAAGUUUGUUAAUUUACUCUGCAAAUGCAUGGAAUCUUAUGGUGCUACAGAGACACGGAUUGACGAUUCACCGAGUUUAGAUGCUUUAAAAUCUAAUGAUGAUAACUUACUGAACAAUCAAAAUGGCGUUAAUGGAACAGGAAGGCCAAGGGAAUCCAAUGGAGGUUAUCCUAAAAGUGUUUUCUUUAUCCUGGGGACAGAGUUUUGUGAAAGAUUUUCUUACUAUGGCAUGCGAGCCAUCUUAAUUCUGUACUUGACAAAAUGGUUGAAGUUUGAUGCAGAUAAUGCCACUGGUGUUUAUCAUGGAUUUGUGUUCCUUUGUUACUUUAGUCCUCUGUUUGGAGCUAUCAUUGCUGACGGUUACCUGGGUAGAUACAGGACAAUCCUAUAUCUGAGUAUUAUUUAUGGUAUUGGGAAUGUUAUAAUGUCUGCAACAGCAGUACCACCACCAGAAUGGAUUGGGCCAAUGAUUGCAUUAAUACUGAUUGGAAUUGGUACUGGAGGAAUAAAACCUUGUGUAGCAGCCUUCGGUGCUGACCAGUUCAGACCAGAACAAGAGAAAGAACGUGAAACCUUCUUCUCAGUGUUUUAUUUCAUGAUAAACUUAGGAAGUAUGUUUUCAAUCAUACUGACGCCAAUCCUCAGAGCUGAUGUCCAUUGUUUUGGAGAAGAAUGUUACCCAUUAGCUUUUGGUAUUCCUGCUAUUCUGAUGAUAUCUUCUGCUGUGAUAUUUAUAGCAGGUGGGAGAUCAUAUAAGAAGAUUCCACCCACUGGUAACCUCAUUGGCAGGGUAUUUAAAUGUAUUUUUUAUGGUUUAAAAGGGAAGAUAUCAAAUCCAGAUAAAAGACCACAUUGGCUAGAUCAUUCUAUUGGACUUUUUGAGGCUGAUUUUGUGAAAGAAGUUAAAAGACUGUUAAAAGUAUUAAUCAUAUGUGUACCAUUGCCAUUAUACUGGGCCCUUGGUGAUCAGCAGGGAUCAAGAUGGACUUUACAAGCAGAACAGCUAGAUGGCAGCAUGGGUCCACUUGGAAGAAUCAAGCCAGACCAACUGCAGGCACUAAAUCCUAUCCUGAUAUUAGGACUCAUACCACUGUUUGAGAAAUUGAUAUAUCCAUGUUUAGAUAAAUGUCAAGUUCCUAAUAGGCCUCUACAGAGAAUGGUAGCAGGAAUGUUUUUGACGGUAAUAGCUUUUAUUAUGGCAGGCUUUGUGCAACUUAAAAUAAAUAAUCAGUUUGAAUCUCCUUUAACAUCUACAGAAAUAGGUAUAACUCAUUACAACGUGUUGCCAUGCACUGCAUCUUUUUCUUCAUCCCGGUAUAGUCAAAGUAUACGCAGUCUUCAGAUAGGUAAAUUUCAGAAAUUCAAACCUGGCAACAUCACAUGGAAUGUAUCUGCAGAUUGUUCUACAGGAAAUAUCUCUCAAACAUUUAAUUUCAUUGGAAGUCACUCAUAUAGACUUGUUAUUCUACAAAACAAUACUUUAUCACUGGAUCUUAUUAAGAUAGAGGAUCAAAGAAAGAAAUCAAGGGAAGGAAAUGCUUUGAUAAGUGUUAUGAAUAUGGAUAAUUCUAUAGGCAGUGUGAAACUGGUACCAACUACUUAUACUGGUACUGUUUCAGAGAAAACAGGGAUCACAUUUGAUAUCAAAAACCACACCCACUUAUCUUUAGAACCUGAAAGUUAUAAAGUUUAUAAGUUACAAAAGAAUGGUGAUAAUGAAACAGAUUGGAGUUUGAUGUCCAGUGUUAAGUUGGGUAUAGGUGGAAUAUAUACACUUCUGUUAUAUAAUGAAAAUAGCAAGACAAACCUAAUGCUAUUUACUAGUGUAGAACAGAACUCCUUAUCCAUGUUUGUGAUGGUACCACAGUAUAUAGUUAUAACUGUUGGAGAAAUUCUAUUCUCUAUUACUGGUCUCUCAUUUGGAUAUUCACAGGCACCAAAGUCCAUGAAAUCCUUUAUCCAGGCAGCCUUUCUAAUGAACACUGCCUUUGGCAAUUUGAUUGUUGCAAUUAUAUCUGAAAUCCGAUUAUUUUCUAAUCAGGCUGUAGAAUUUUUCUUCUAUGCAGUGAUUAUGUUAGUAGACAUUAUAAUAUUCAUGGUCAUUGCUUAUUUCUAUGAGUAUGUAAGGGUAACGGAAGAGGCUACCAUACAUGCAGAUGAUACGUCAGGACUUAUAGACAAUUUAGAAAUGGAAGAUAGUUAUAAAAAUAAGUAAUGCAAUAAUCCAAAAAUUUGUUUAAAGAAUUAUUAUAUAUAUUCUGUCCCUUUUUGCUAUAACUAAGUGAGAAUACACUCAUAAGUUUUAAACUUAAAAAAAGAGUUUUAUGGUAAUGAUAUUUAAAAAAACAAAACGGAUCAUGAUUUAAAAUUAUGUUUUGGGUUAUUCUUUUCUGAUUCUAAUCAGGUUCUCUGAUAUUGUGAUUUUUUUAAAUAUGGGCAAAUUAAAUUCAAUUUUUUUCUUUGUUUAAAAAGUUAAGUGGACUGAUAAAUAAUUAUUUACAUUGUUUAAUUUUUAAUGUGUGUUCAAAUUUGGUGCUAAGCCAGGUGGAUUGCAAAAUAAAUACUACCACAAUGCCAAACAUAAUUAUGAUGUUUUAUUGUUAUCAAUGAAUUACAAAGCUUGUGCAUGACAGGUUUUAAUAAUGAGAUUAUUUAGUGUUUUUAUUAGUUAUUAUUUGAAACCUGAUUUCAAAUUAAAAUUGUUUAUGACUACAUAUACAUGAUUUUUACAUGCUUCGAUUUACCAAUACAGCUGUCUUUUUGUUUUUGUGUCAUUGGGUUUCUGUGUCAUUGACAAAUUCCCAAUAUCUUGUGAAGAAUAUUGUGAGCAUUGGAUUGUCUGAUAACUUAUAUCCUGCUUAUUUGAAAUCAGCUGGCCAAAAAUAAAUUAGUUUUUUGAUGGGUUUUAAUGAGUAGAGAAUAACAGAGCAUAACCAAAUAUUUACAAAUUGAGUAUAAAUAGGGCUACAACAUUACAUAAUUCAGAAUAAUGACACAGAAACCUUUUUUUUACCAUGAAAUAAUGGGACAAAAGAAAUACUGAAUACAGAAUAGAAACAUGUGCCACCUAGAUCCACAUCGCAAAAUUGUAAAAUGGUAACUGAUAUUAAAUACUUAAUCAUUACAUUAGGGUGUUUUGGGAAUCUCAGCUUAAAUGAUGUAAUGUUAAGACUCACUGUCAUGUCAUGGAUCAACAAAGCAUUUGCGAGGUAAUUAUCUUUAUUGAUUGUCGAAAAUGGGGAAAAAGAGAAAUAACAAACAUACUAGUUCAUUAUAACAAAGAGCAUUGUUUUAUGACCAAAUUCUCCCACCAAAGAAAUCAAAAAGAAAUCAAAAUAUGAAAAUUCAUGUGUCUUCCAAUUAGUGGUAGGAACUAUUAAGUUGUAUGUUUCUGGUCUCCUGUCAUAUGCUUUGAUAACAUACUUGGUUUAAAAUCAGUUUAACCACAAAAUGGAAAAUGCUAAAGAGUUUAUUUUUAUAUUUUAUUUGUUUAUUUAAAAUAUGGUGUAGGGAUCAGUUCAUUAUAUAUGUAUUAGUUUGUAAUUGAAGAUUUUAUUUUCUACACAAUAGAACUUUGAAAGAGCCAAUGGGAAAAUCUUAAGAAUUUGAAACUGUGUUAUAAUUGCCAUAUGCAUCUCGACAAAAACUAGAAAAAAGGAGAUAAAAUUCAUGUUAUAAGUUAUAAAUUGUAUAUAAAAUGUAAUUUCCCUUGAAAUUUUGCAUUACUUCAACUAAGAUAUGUAGGAAUGAAUCUAAUAAUUUUCUAUACACUUUUGAGAAAAUAAAUAAGGUUGUGAAUGGUCUAUUAUUUUUCAAAUUUUUCAUUACAUUCCAGAUUUGGUAAGUCUCCUCAAUUUUUGUCAGUUGCAGAUGAAGUUAAUAUAGUUUACCUCAUUGCAAAGCGUUUAUGUACUUUUUUAAAGAUAACUUUUUAAUAAUGCCACAUUGUAAUGUCUACAAUAUUUCAUUUCACAUUAGGUUUAAAUUUUACAGAAUAUUUAGUGAAAAAGACAAAUUACAAAUACAUUAUCAAAAUGACAGGGUAUAAGUUAAAAUGUAUUGCUGCAUAAUACUACAUGUAUUAUAAAAUGCUAAACUCAUUUGUUUUAUUUGUUGAUUUUUUAUGCAAUAUUUGUAUUUCUAUGAAAGGUUGUUACAGCAAGAAGAAAAAUUCUUUCUUUUCAUAUGAGCUAGUACAUUGAAAACUCUUAUGUUGAAAUUAGUGUAAUUAACUGACUUCUGGUGGCCAUUUGUUAAUACAACAUCUCUUUUUUUUGUACAAAAAUAUUCACAUUUUUCAUAUUUUUUAAUUUCGUCACCAAGAUUUUUUCUUUUAAUCUUGAAAUCCUACAAAUAAGAUGAUCUAUUGAUAAAAACAAUCCAUAGAAGCAUAUGAUAGAAAUGUAUCCUAUUUUUCAAUUAAACAUAACAUUAAGUGAUGACUUGUGAAAAUUGAAGCAUAGAUAACUCAAACAUUUAUAUAUUUUAAGAAUGCUGAUAAACUUUUCCAUAGUAUAUCAUUUCCAGAAAAUUAUUAAUCAAAUAUAGAUAGUUUUGAAAUUUUCAUUCGAAUCUCAGAUAUUACUAUGUUCUUUUUGAAUAACCAGUAGUUAAUUAAUAAAAAAAACUCAAUUACAAGUGUAUCUAGAAUGUGAUCUUUUAUUGUAGGUUUAGAGCAAAAUCAAAUCAUUCCUAUAGGUGAAAGGUUUUGGCAUGAUUAUUGAAUACAUAGAUAUUUAUUUACAGGAGAUCUUAUAUUUUUGUCUUAUAAGAGUUAUUCUAUUUUUAUAUGAAGUUAGUUGAUAUUAUAUUUGUUAUGUAUUAAGUUUUUAUACGCCCGUUUACGGGACGUAUUAUGGUAUACCGUUGUCCGUCUGUCCGUCCGUCGUCAACAUGUCGGACAUUAACUCAAAAACUCUUUAUCCAAUUUGCAUAAAACUUUGUUGAAUUGUUUAUAUCUAUUGACGUGAGCUCCCUUUUGUUUUUUAUAAAUUUUAGAUUUUAUGUUUCCGAGUUAUGGGGUUUUAUUCAUUAAAAAAAGGGGGAUUUUCCAGUUUUCGGACAAUAACUCAAGAAUGCUUUCACCAACUUGCAAGAAAUUGUGGUGAAUUGUCUAUAUCUAUUGACAUGAGCUCCCUUUCGAUUUUUAUAAAUUUUAGAUUUUACGUUUCCGAGUUACAGGGCUUUAUUCAUAAAAAAGGGGGAUUUUCCAGUUUUUGGACAAAAACUCACAAAUGCUUUCAGCAGUUCUUAUCAAACUUUGGUGAAUUGUUUAUAUCUAUUGAUGUAAGCUUCCUUUAGAAUUUUAUAAAUUUUACAUUUUACAUUUCUGAGUUAUGGGGUUUUAUUCAUUAAAAAAGGGGGGAUUUUCCAGUUUUCGGACAAUAACUCAAAAAUGCUGUCUGCAAUUCUCAUGAAACUUUGGUAAAUUGUUUAUAUCUAUUGAUGUAAGCUCCCUUUUGAUUUUCAUAAAUUUCUAAUAUGACAUUGAGAAUUAAUUGAACUUUAUUUGUUUAUAGUCUUAAAACAGAUUUACUAAGUAUUGCGCAACAGCACAGUGUAUUACACAACAGCAAGAAAUCUUUAAUUGAAUAUAAAUUCAAUUCAUAUCACCAAUUUCAAGUUCUUUGACUAGAUUUAUUCAGAAACCUAUUAUAUGUCAAAUAUUUAAUUACAAUCUAAAUUCAGACCUGUAUCAAGCUUGAAUAUUGUGUCCAUUUUUGCCCCAACUGUUCAGGGUUGGACCUCUGCGGGCGUAUCCAGCUGUGCUCAGCGAAGCAGUUUAUUUAGAUCUGUUUUCAUGUUGAUUAUUUGUAUAUUUUUUUAUAUAUUGAACAUGUUAUACCAAGCUUGUUAUCAUAGGAGAAAUUGUAAGGGAUUAUAUGUUUUAUUUAUGUUUAGUUUAGUUUAGGAUUAAACCUUCCAGGUAAUUUUUAUCCUUCUAAGAAAAUAUAUGUUUUAUUUUUUCACCAUUAGUUAUUCUUUAGAUUUUGAAAUCCUAAAAAGAUGAAAAUAUUAGCUGGAAGAAACCAGUCUGAUGUCAAUACUUGAUCUUCGUUAUUAAAAAUUUCUUAGAAUGUU